AAAGAAAUGAAAUACUUUAUUGUUUUUGCUGUUUUCUUUGUUUCUGCCUGUUUCAUUGGCCAGUCCAGUGCAUCGCCUGCUUCCAAUGAUGGAGGAGAAGCUAAUUUUGUUCACGGUGCUGAUGCCUUAAAGGAAUUGGAACCGGAGUUACAUGGCCGUUAUAAGCGUGCCACCUGUGAUUUGUUGAGCGGUACCGGAGUCAAUCAUUCAGCCUGUGCUGCUCAUUGCUUGUUGCGCGGUAAUCGUGGCGGCUACUGCAAUGGCAAGGGUGUUUGUGUUUGCCGUAAAUGAGAUGUUAUUUUA